AUGUCGUAUCACGGAUACAGCCAGCCCUACGGCCAACCACCGCCACCACAGCAAGGCUACGGCCAGUAUCCUCCUCCGCAAGGGCAAUAUCCGCCGCCGCAAGGGCAAUACCCUCCAACCCAGGGACAGUACGGCCAGUAUCCUCCUCCUCAGCAGCAGGGAGGAUAUUAUCAACAGCCGCCUCCGCCUGGCCAGUAUCCUCCUCCUGCUCACCAGCAGCCAUACGGACAACCACCUCCGCCCCAGCAAUAUGGUGCCCCUCCGCCAGCGCCAUCACCAUACGGCCAUCACUCGCCAGCGCCGCCUCCUCAAGGUCAUUACGGUGCUCCCCCUCCUCAGCAUGGUGCUCCUCCCUAUGGCGCUCCGCCUCCCCAGCAGUACGGUCCCCCUGUGACAGCGACGCCUCCGUCAUUGGGAUAUGGUGCCCCGCAGAUCAUUCAAUGGGAUGCAAACCCAGACGCGCAGGCUUUGCGGGCUGCGAUGAAGGGCUUCGGCACGGACGAGAGAGCCUUGAUCCGAGUCCUAUCUAACAAAGACCCGCUGCAGAUCGAUCUGAUUCGAACAACAUUUGACAGAACAUUCAAGCGGAACCUCAUCCGAGACUUGAAGAGCGAAACAAGUGGGUAUUUCGAAGACGGUCUGGUACAGCUAGCAUACGGUCCAUUGCUUGCCGAUGUACACAAACUGGACGAUGCCAUGAAGGGUGCUGGGACCAAGGAAUCUGUCCUGAAUGAUAUCCUCCUUGGUCGAUCCAAUGCCGACAUCAAGGCCAUCAAGGGCGCUUACCGCCAGCAUAUCGGCAGGUCAUUGGAAGCUGAUGUCAAAGGUGAUUUGAGCAUGAAGACGGAGAGGCACUUCCUCAUGGUACUUGCUGCGAACAGAGCCGAGGAUGCUGAACCCGUCAACCCCCGGAAGGUCGACGACGAUGUAAUGAACCUCUACAAGGCCACCGAGGGUAGAAUGGGAACGGAUGAAAUCCUCGUCUGCCAAAUCCUGACGAGCAACAACGAUAAUCAGAUUCGAGCCAUUGCGCAUACUUAUAAGCAAAAAUUUAACCGUGACUUGGACAAGGUCAUUCAGUCCGAAUUCUCCGGACACAUGAAAGAUGCACUUCUCUUUCAGCUUCGCCACGCCGUGGACAAGUACAUGCACGCCGCCGACCUCCUGGAAGACUCCAUGCGCGGCAUGGGAACCAAGGACCAGCUGCUUGUUCUCCGUGUUGUGCGUUUCCACUGGGACCACACCACGCUCUCGAACGUCAAGGCUGCAUAUCAACAACGAUAUCGCCGCAGUUUGGCGGAUCGUAUUGACAAGGAUAUUUCAGGCGAUUACAAGAGACUGAUGCUAGCAUGCAUUGGAGAGCACCGUGCAUGA